CUGGACCGGUAUUGAUUGAACAGUUGCAUUUUAUUCUGGACUGACCUUGCGUUCUUUGAUAUAGCUAUGAGAGUUACAGUUGCUGUUCAAACGGUGUAAUGUCCUUACCACGUCUCACUAGACACUGUAUCCAUCUAACUCCCUUUGAGCUUAUUUGAUACCGUCUCUUUUUAUUUUCCCAUUUCUUUUUUUUUAGCAUUAUUUUAAAAAUUUUUAAGUCAAACUGGAGCGACUACCCACAUCAGACAAUAACACGAUGUCCAGAAUGAGCAUUGAAGAGGAGGAUGCUAAGGAAAAAAACUGUAAUUCGAAGACAGUCAGUGUAUAUGAGAAGUAUGUUCAGAGUUGCUUUGCAGAACUUCUGGGCGCUGCUUUUAUUGUCUUCACAGGGUGUCUGUCAGUCAUUGAAAAUGUGGAAGGAACGGGAAGAUUGCAGCCUGCAGUCACACAUGGGUUUGCUGUGGGGAUUAGUGUAGCAAUCUUUGAAAACAUUAGUGGUGGUCAUUUUAAUCCAGCCGUGUCCCUGAAUGUGUGUCUGAUUGGAGGACUUAACUUCAUGCUCCUGAUUCCUUAUUGUGUCAGUCAGCUAUGCGGUGGUUUGGUAGGAGCAGCCCUGGCAAAAGCAGUGACAACUAAUGAAAAUUUUGCUAAUGCUUCUGGAGCAGCUAUCAAUAUUAUAACCGCAGAUGACCAGAUAACCAGGGCUGUUGUGGCUGAAAUUAUCCUGACGUCCCUUUUACUUUUAACUGUGAGCAUGGGCGCUAUCAAUGAGAAGAGCAGGACGCCGCUGGCUCCAUUCAGCAUUGGACUUACAGUCACCACUUGUAUCCUUGCUGGAGGUGAUAUUUCCGGAGCUUGCAUGAAUCCUGCCAGAGCAUUUGGUCCAGCAGUUGUGUCUGGCAUCUGGGCAUACCACUGGGUCUACUGGGUUGGACCUAUAGUUGCAGCAUUCAUCAUUGGAGCACUUUUGAGACUACUUCUCGGAGACAAUAAAAUACGUCUUUUUCUGAAGUGAGAUGCAAGAGAUAUCUUCUGUGUCAUCAUCAUUUUCUAUAUCGACAUUACAUAUGUCUGCUGUUUUUGGACAGUUAAACAGCUAAUAAAGUCAAACCAGUUUGACAACAUAAUAACAAAGAAAUAAGAAACUGGAAGUCACACUGUAUUAUUGCUGAAGCAUUUUUAUUCUUACUGUUAUAUAUAUUGAUGUCUUCUUUGUGAUAAUACUGUACUAGUUGUGUAAACUUUUGGGAGCUGUUUGCCUGUCAAUUAUUUUGGGUUUGUUUGCCCAGCACUUGAACAUCUUAGAAGAGUAAAAAGCAUAAUUUUUGUUACUCUACUGAAAAAUGAUUGCUAACUCCUGGUUUAUUGACUCAUAUCAGAAUAGCCCACCCAAAUAUCAGGUAUCUGCUAAUUUGGAGUUCUAUCUUCUGUUCGAUCACUGGACAAGGAAAUUAUUCUCUAAUAUUAUUAUGAAUUAAUUACUGUGCACUGCUUACUAAAACUGUGUAUUAAACUCAAAGUAGUUCCCGCAAAAGUAAUAAAUCAUGCUAAUACUGGAAUCUGCUAAGGCUGUAAGACUGCCGUAAACUUAUCAGCUAAUAUAGAAGGAUUUCUAAGAACAGAAUGAUCAAGAGCAAAAUAAUUAAUAAUAAUAAUAAUUGCAAUGAAAGACCCCAUAUACAUCUUAAUACUGCAAAAUGUUAUUGCACAUUGCCAGUGCAGACACUUAAAUCACAUGAUGGAGGAAGUCAUUCUUAUCAAGAAAUACUCUAACUCUGCAAAAAAAAAAAAAAACAGGAGAAAGGAUACAUCAGAAAUAAAAAAGCAAUUUCUUUAGCUGAAUUCAUCAAAUUCAUAUAUCAAAACUUAAGAUUAUAAAUUGAAAAUCUUAAAAAAUGUGAAUUAGUCUCCUGAGCUAUAGCCUUUGAAAAUGUGUGUGUGUGUGUGUGUGUGUGUGUGUGUGGGGGGGGGGGCGCGACCACAGAGGUAAUAUAUUAAAAGUUAGGGGUAUUAUGAAUGUAGGACGGAGCUUCCUUCUCGAUGAAGAAUUUGUGACAGAGUGUGUUGCUUUGAAAGUAUUGAAACUGCAUUGUUUUAAAUUUUGCAAUUUUACAGAUUUUCUUUGAUGGUGGUGGUUUCUAAGAUUGUACAUGCUUAGAAUCAUCCUACUACCUAAAAAGCACAAUUUGGUAUUACUUCCUGAGGGGUUUUGCUACCAUUCCAGUUUUAUUUAAUGCUGUCUCAUUGCAUUCACUAAUCAGUGUAAGUGCACCUUUUUCAUUUGUAAUCUUUUCUAAAGGAGCAGCACUGCUUCAUUACAGUCGAUUAGAAAGGUAGGCCAUUUUUUUCCAAGCAUGGUUUUAGCUUUGAUAAAAAGUAGGGACACAGUCGGCACACCAGAAAGUCCUUCAUUUUGUGUAUUGCUGUUUUAGCUAUAAUAGAGAGACACAGCAAUAAAGAGAGAGAGAGAGAGAGAGAGAGAGAGAGAGUGACAGAAACAGAGAGGUGACGUAAAUUAUUCUGUUCUUUUAUCGACCAUGUCAACAUAAAAAGUUUCAAUAAAUAAAACAAGCAUAAACAAUUUAUUCAUUUUAAUCUGCAGGGUUGGUAUUUAAAAAUGUAAUUUCUAACUACUUUUCAAGUAGUGUAUCUUGUUGUCAUGUAUUCUAUUUAUUGGGGGAAUGAAGGAUGGGGUUAUCAGUGGGCUCAAUUCCUUUCACUUUAACGAAACAAGUUCUUACAUAUCUGGUGUCACUGUAAUGCACUCAUGAUGAAGGGCUGGGGAAAGGGAAGCACUCUAAUGCAUCAUUUGCAAAGCCUCCCCAAAUAUACCCAAUAUCAUGUAACCGCUAUUUAAAUGCAAAGCAACAAAUUCUAACAAUGCAUUUUGGGAUCUUUUUUUUUCGUUUUACUGUUCUGCAGCAUUAUGGGAUAUUUGAGCAGAGGCCGUUAAUGUACUUACAGCAUAGCAUCAAUGAGAAGUCUAGCUUCAUAGUCUCAAAGAAAAGACAGUCUGUCAAGAAUACAUAACCAGGUAUAAAGUUAGUGCUGCUGUUAAUAGACACAUCACAAGUCCAUAUUUGUCUGUUACAACCGCAAGUUGCUGCAGAUGAAAUGUAGUUGUAGAGGAAGGAUAACUAUUACACAGUUAUUAUCUUAGCCACAAACAGAUUUUGUUUCACAUUGACUAGAAAGAAAAUUCCACACACUAAUUACAGUGACACAAGUGACAUAUUUAUCUGUAUUGCUGUAGUUUAAUAUAGAGUUAUUUUGCAGCUGCUUUUUGUAAAGACUUCUUCUUUCCCAGGUGCAGGUGCAAGGUAAACAGAUGAUGCCAUGCAGCAUGAAAUGCCAUUUAAGCUGUUACUCUAAAAAUAAAACGUGACUGUGUGAAUUAACA